CGGUUCAACGGGAGGGACGCGCGAGCGCCGCCAAUGAGGCGAGGGGAGGGUGGCCGCGUCGUGCUUCAGUAGUAGUGGGGGCAGUGGGCGAGUUCUUGCUGCGAGUUCGUCGCGAGAGAGGAAGCAGCAGAGAGAAAGAGAGCAAAAGCAGCGAGAGGUUGUGGGGAGAGAGAGGAGCGAAUUGAUUAGUGUCGCCACAUCGUCUCCACCACCACCACCUCCGUCCUUCCUCGCCAAGCCACCAUCAUUGCGCCACCGCCGCAAGAUCUGAGCUCGACUCCUCCUCUCCUCGCCCCCGCACGGGCGCACGACGCUAGCUUCUUAAGUAUUUUUCUUCUUACCGCGCAGCGCGCGGCGGCUGGCUGGCUAGCUAGCUUCUCGGCAAAGGCUUGUUGCGGUUGCGGUUGCAGUACAGGGGCGUGUGUGCGCGCGAGCGGCGGUGGUACGGUGCCCGCACCCACCCACCACCACCCCCGCCAUUAAAGGCGCUCACGCACCGCCUCCAGCUUCUUCGUCCACGAGAAAGCGAGGUGAUCAGAGAGAGAGAGAGAGAGAGAGUGAGUGAAGCGGAGCUCACUUCCUCCCCUCACGGGAGCAGCCAACGCCCAGCGCCGCCACCACCCACGCCGUUCGCGCGCUUUAAAGAAGAAGAGACAGAGAGAGGGAGAGGCAGAGGACGAGGAUGAUGGCGGUGCUCGCGCGGCUGGGCGUCAUUGUGGUGUUGUGGGCGGUGGUGGCGGAGGGGAUUCUUGACCCCGUCGACUUCCUGGCGCUGCAGGCGGUGCGGCGGUCGCUCGACGAUAUGCCUGGCUCGUCGUUCUUCGAAGCGUGGGACUUCACGGCCGACCCGUGCGGGUUCCCCGGGGUGUUCUGCGACGGCAACAAGGUGUCGGCGCUGGCGCUCGGCGACCCGAGGGCGGGGUCGCCGGGGCUGUCCGGGCGGCUCGACCAGGCGCUGGGGCGGCUGUCCGCGCUCACCGAGCUGUCGCUCGUGCCCGGGCGCGUCGAAGGCGAGCUCCCGGAGUCGCUCAGCUCGUGCCGGAACCUCCGAUUCUUGGCCGUCAGCAAGAACCUCAUCUCCGGCCAGAUACCGGACGGCCUCGGCGGGCUGUCCAACCUCCGGACGCUCGACGUCAGCUUCAACCAGAUCUCCGGCACCAUCCCGGCGUCGAUCGCCACGCUGCCGUCGAUCACCAACCUCAUCCUCUGCCACAACCAUCUCACCGGCGGCAUCCCGUCGUUCCCGGACUCGUCGCCGCUCAUCCGGCUCGACCUCAAGCACAACGACCUCUCCGGCGGCGUGCCGAACCUGCCGAGCACGCUCCAGUACCUCUCGCUCUCGGCGAACCGGCUCACCGGCACCGUCGACUCCGUGCUCCCCCGGCUCACUCGGCUCAACUACCUCGACCUCAGCAUGAACCAGCUCGACGGCCCAAUCCCGGCGUCCGUCUUCACAUUGCCGCUGUCCGUGCUCCAGCUGCAGCGCAACUUCUUCUCCGGCCUCCUCCAGCCGGCGAACGACGUGACGAUCCAGGUGGUGGACCUGAGCUACAACCGCUUCUGGGGCCCCGUGUCGCCGCUCCUCGCCGGCGUGGGGCAGCUGUACCUGAAUAACAACCGGUUCACCGGCGAGGUGCCGGCGCGGCUGGUGCAGGAGCUGGUCGGCUCCGGCGGGCUCCAGGUGCUGUACCUGCAGCACAACUUCCUCACCGGCAUCGAGAUUUCGCCGGCGUCGUCGCUCCCCUCCAGCGUCUCGCUCUGCCUCAUGUACAACUGCAUGGUGCCGCCGGUGUACGCGCCGUGCCCGCUCAAGGCCGGCUCGACGAACACCCGGCCGGCCGACCAGUGCCCGGAGUGGAGGGGCUAAUCAAAGCUGGCAACACAACGCCGACGCCAUUGCCGGAUCGCCUCGGAUCGUCCAAGCUCAAGAAAACCGGAAAAGAAUGGAGGAGAUUGCAAAUGGCGGUCUCCGAUUCUUUGAUUAAUUUGUCCAGUUACUAGCGUUCCAAUGUGGAUUACUAUUCUUUUUGGUUGGGGGGAGAUGGAUGGAGAUAGUCACAGACAAGAAGUAAGUUCCUUAAUAAUCUUGGGUUUAUAGGCGUAAUUUCUUUCUCCUUUUUUUGUGUUUAGGUGGUGUAUGUUCUUUUGUGUCCCCUGCUGUAUAGUUGCGUGAGUAGUAAAACAUUGGCUCUUGAUGUUAUGUGAGGUGGCGACGAUCGAUUGAUGUAUCUGAUGAUGAUCAUGAUGAUGGUGGUGUUAGAAAUCUGUGAUGUUAUUUAUAUAUCGCAUUGCCAUUGGGCAAGCAUAGUAUCACAAGCAUUCGCUGUGCUUCAUUUUAGUUA